AUGGGCGAAUUAGUGCCAAUAAAACUUAUGAGCUACAAUGUUCAGGGCCUUUCGUCAGUGCUGCUGCCGAUAGCCAACCUUAGUGCUAGAAUAGACCACGUAGCUAACUAUGUCUACAACUUGGUGGAAAAGUACAAAGUCGAUGUCCUUAUACUGCAGGAAAUGUUUUCUAGUGCACUGUACCAAAGAGUAAAACAGGCGCUGAGUGGUGUCAUGCGGGAUACCGGAAUCAUCAACGGUGUCACCUGCGCUUCACCAUUAUAUAAAUUUAUCGAUACUUUACUGAGGGCCCUGAAUUUUAUCAGUUCAGGGAUUAUCAUCUUCUCUAGACACCCUAUUUUACGUGUAGAAAGACUGGUUUUCUCCUCUGGGAUAUUCCCAGACUCUCUCUCGGGCAAGGGUGCGGUGGUGGCUCGCAUAGACGUAAACGGACGCCUUGUCGAUGCGAUUGGAACACACCUGCAGGCGUACGACGGUGAAAGUGCGCAUGUAACUAGAAAGCUACAGAUUGAGGAACUCCAACAAUGGAUCAACAACAACCCUGAUAUUGGAACAGUUGAAGGUAUCGAUAUCGGUACCUCAAAACGUGUACCAAUCGUCCUAGCUGGAGAUCUCAAUUGCUCUGUGAUACAAGAUCCAUCCUUGUUUGAGGAAAUGGUUCAACCCCUUCAGCGGAAAUUGGAAAAUACUUUCGGCGAUGGUGACCCGGAGCCAACCUUUUCCACCUCAAACGACUUCUGCAAAUAUCAAAACGACCCUAACGCAUACGAACAUAUAUAUGACUACAUAUUUAAGGAUCGUUCGACUGUGCUCAUAGAAAAACAAAGUGUUGUCAAGGACAAAUUAGAAGAACCAUUUGUCGUGCAAAAAAACGCCAUGCGUUCCGAUCCCUCAGGAGUCACACCAAUGUACAAUGUCAGCGACCACCUACCAAUAGUAUCCGUUAUUGGAAUAUAA